GACACAGAGGCAGAAAGUUUGGUAAAAAGAGACGGAAAGUUGCUGGAAACGUAAACGCACCUUCGUAAGAAGCUUCAUUUGAAUGGAGAAUUGAAGACGAUAUUCAUAUAUACCAGGCUAACUCAAAACACAGUAGUUAGGGUGAUUUCUGAGAUCGGAUAACCAGAAAUGGCGGGGACGUUGCCAGGAGUGGGGGUGGGUUCAAGGAGGAUGAGCCACCACCGCCACCGUCAAGAUGAUCCUCUUGUAUUCCGAGAACCACCCCCUCUCAGAGAACGCCUGCAACAUUCCACCACCAUCACCAUGGGUGAAACCGCUCUCAUGGCUCGCCAGAGGCUUGAUCGCAAGCUUGCCCACUACCGUGCCUCUUCCAGAUCAAGUAAACAAGGAGCAAAUGGAAGCAGGGAGAGCAACCAUAAAGAGCGCACAAAGAGAAAUAGCAGCAUAGGGUCAAAAAUAUUAGGGAGACCCUGGAAGCUGCAGCUCAACACUGGUAGUAAAUCAAAUGGGGAGAUGUGUUGUGUUUGCUUAGAAGAUUUCGAGGGAGAGCAACAGAUGAUGGAACUGUCCUGCUCCCACAAAUACCACUCCAACUGCCUCAUGCCCUGGCUUGCUUCUCAUCCCCACUGUCCCACCUGCCGCAACCCUGUUCAGUGCGCUUGAGUUUUUCCCCUCUAUUUUUAUCAAAAUCUUGGUGCGAAGCCCCUCAUCAAACCCGUUUUGAUCUCCUGUUACAUUUUUCUCCUAAUGUAUGAUCCGUUUGAGAAAGGGUUUAAAUCCCAUGUAAUUGACAUUAACAGGUUGAAUGAAAGUAUUGAAUUAGAACUAGA